UAUCACCGAGUUCAUUCUGGAAUGCUACAGUCGGGACAUAGGGAUGAAAUCCUGUGUGUAUGGAAACUAGUCCCGUGACUAAUCUGUCGGAUCCAGGCCGAGUUGAUGACAUAUCUAUGGCAUGUGCAGAAACGACGAUGGGGACGGUACACUACAAGAACCUGCAAUCAGGACAAUUAGUACAGACUAAACGGAAUGUGGUCGGCCCGGUGAAAAAGAAACCUGCACCUCCAGAACCAAAGGUCCCCAUGGAACAGAUCUACACACGGUCCUUGACGGAGGGCCUCCAACUUCUUCUAACCACAGGGGAACACAACGACGUCACAAUCCUCGUCGGAACAAAGACAUUCCAGUGUCAUCGCAUCAUUCUUGUAGCGUUGUCCUCCUACUUCGAGGCCAUGUUCAACUCCGGAAUGAAAGAAAGCAUCAGUGGAGAGAUAAAAUUCCCAGACAUGAAUGAGGACCAAUUUGAAAUGGUUCUGGGGUACAUGUACUCUGGCAAGAUUAAUCUGGUGACAGAAAACGCCAUGGAUAUCCUAGACAUAGCGUCAAUACUACAAAUAAAGUCGCUACAACGAAUUUGUGAGGAGUUCCUGCUUCCACAUCUAACAAAAGAAAACUGUAUCAAAAUCUGGAAAAUCUCUGUGCUACAUUCUUGUGAGGUUCUCCUCGAGAAAUCUUUUCAAAUGAUGGUGAGAAAUUUCCAGGAGGUGUGUAAAACAGAGGAGUUCAACGAGCUAGAAGCCAAGGAGCUUGCCUUGAUCAUCAAAGAGGACGAUUUGAAUGUGGAAAGUGAAGACAAACUGUGUGACAUUGUGUUAAAAUGGAUAAAACGUGACAAGGACGUUCGUGCGAAAGACGUCGGAAUACUUUUUGAUAAUAUACGAUUGCCGUUCCUCAAGCCAGAAUACCUGGUAAACCUGGAGGAAGCGUACAAGUUUCUGAAGGAUGACCCCGACUGUGCCAAAUGUACAGACUUCGCCAAAAAGUACCACCUCCUCCCAGCACGGCAACAAGAGAUGUACAGCAACCAGACGCGAUUCCGCAGCACGGCAGACUCGGAGGAAGUCCUGGUGUUGCUGGGGGGUUGUUUGACUACGUCUCCCCCAUACUCUCGCUCCCUCAAAGUGCCAUGCUACAACUUCAGAAAGAGGGUGUGGUUUGAAAUUGCCCCUCUACCAUUUGACCCGGGUAUUGAGUUUGCCACAUGUACUUACAAAUCUGAUAUAUACAUCACUGGGGGUGGCUCCAUGCAGAACUGUCUCCUCAAGUACGACUACAACAAGAACAAGUGGACUCAGCACAGUACGAUGAGGAAUGGCCGGCGGCGUCAUGCAAUGGUAGCUGUCACUGGAUAUCUUUACGUCAUGGGUGGUUACGACAACAAACUGGCCGAUGGCUCACGGAUGAUUUCCAGUAUCGAGCGUUAUGACAUACGUGAGGAUACUUGGGAACAUGUCGCAGAUUUGAUUGUUCCUGUUAGCUCAUUCUCAGCUGCUGUGAUGUCCGACGUGAUUUACAUGUUCGGCGGUGAAAUGAACGACCGUAAGGACACGUCAGUGAUACAGUGUUACGACACCCGCCUGAAAAACACAUCCAAGAUGUUAUGCAAGAUUCUCCAUCCUUGUAAACUCACUCGUGCUGUGAUAUGCGGGAAGAGGGUGUUUCUGAUUUUCUUUGACGGACAGGUGAUGGAGUUUUCCCGUCAUUCCCAGGACAGCACCCGAGGAACGUGCCGUAUGGUAGGUCAGCUUACAGCAUUCCAGCGAAUCCACUUCGGUGUGAUAAAUUACCAGGGCAAUGUAUUGGUGCUGGGAGGAGAGAUUGACACUAGUACUCUCUGUGACGACAUGAUCAUGUUUGACCCCACGACCUCUGGAUGUAAGAAACUACAGGACACUCUCCCCGCCCCUCGGUUGAUUGACAGCUGUGUCAAAACUGCCGUUAAGAAGAAAUUUCUACAGUUGCCGGAGGAUGCUGACCCUAGAUGAUGCUAAACUGGGACUCUCCAGGAUAGUUUAUAGUUCUGUAGAGACUAUGAAGAUUUUAGACAGUAUUUCAACUACAUCAUGCUUCUUCAUGACUUAAAAGAGUUCUACAUGUACAGAAGGAUACAAAUAACCUUUUGACCUGUGCCUUGUGUGAUGGACAUACAAAUUGGAUAUCCCCUGAAAAGGACAUCACAGUUUCCGUAAUCCACAAUAUCAGUCCUUAGUUUUUGAGGUACUCUCAAAACAUACCUAAAAUUAACACAAUGUUGAAAUCUGGAAACCUGUGUAUUAAAUACCUUUCGCUUGGGUUAUCAAUAUUGUAAUGGAAAUCGAAGUGAACCUUUGGGAUCUGCAGAAUGUUUUUUUUAGAAAGGCUUCACUGUAUCUACCUAAGAUCUAACUGCUAUUUUUUUAAGCAAAACAGUCUGCGUGUAACAACAUAAAACUUACAUCUUGAAUACAAAUCACAGGUAAUAUGUGUGUAGUAGCAUAUACAUCCUGAAGGGAGAGAACUCUAUAAAAAUCGAAUCAAAUGUCAAGUACCAUACUUCUUUAACUGUAACACAAAUAACAGGUGUAUUGUUUAAGGAAGCCUUUUUUUAUCCUUAAGGGAGAUAACUCUAUCACUUAUGACAGGUGUAACCUGAAGGGUAGUAUUAUAUUUCCUUAACUGAAAUCGCAAUAUCUAUAUAAUAUGUAAUGUAGCAUAUAGCCUUAACUCAACCUUAUGCAUCCUCAAAUCAAAAUCAUUUAACAUCAUUAUAGUCCUAACUAAUAACAAGUUAAUUACAUAUGUUGUACCAAUUUUACGGAAUGCAUUUAAUAUUUUAUAAACGUGUUUAAUAUGUUAGUCGGUGUGUAAGAUUAAGAAACAGGUUGAAGUACUGGUCCACUAUAUAUUUAGCUAGCCUAGACUAGUUGUUUAUGCUGUAUUAAAGUCAUUCCCAAUUAUCUCGCUCUAAACACUUUGAAUCUGCCUUAACCCUUUCACCACUGUAGACCAUAAUGGACUCAUCCAGAUCAAUGCAUGAUAGAGUCUACUAAAGUUACAUAGGGGUGAAUUUAGGGUUAGUCUCUAAAUAGAUUUCAAUUUCCCAUAAUGUUAUUAUUAAUCUCCAACUCGGGAUCAGUUGGAUUGAUCAUGUCUGGGACAAUGCAUCCUCGAUAUCCAGGGGUUACGUUCACGUUUGCUCUCUACACCCCUGGAAUAUGUCAUGGCAAAAUUGAAGG